AUGGUAGAUUUUGCAAAGUCCAUUCUUGGUCUUGGAGGUUACCACAAGAAGGAGCCUACACCCACAUCCGAUAACGACCACUACACCGACGUCGAGUCGUCUCAGAGCACUGUAACUCGAAUGCUGGGAUCUUUUCAUCACGACGGCCGCGAAUCCUCCGCGGAGCCUGCUCCAAAGAAGUUAUUGCCAAAAAACUUGGCCGCCACCCCUACCACCGCCGUGCUGGACAACUCGUUGGCCUACGGUACCACUACAAUGGCUAGCGAUCCCCAGGGCCAGCAUUUUUUGGGUGAUUUGCUGCCUUACUAUUCCAACCAGGGCCAAUUGCACCAUGUUGAUGCCUAUAAUACAACCGCUAUUGCAUCUGCUGCUGCCACCGCUUCCAAUUACAGAGUGAAUCAACAUCAGGCAUACGGAGCUACCACAGGCACCAUGCAAGAUGCUGAGCCCUCCAGCGGCAUGGUUUCCUCGUCUGCCUCGCUGGGCUCCUCUUCUCAACCUGUAAUUAUCACCACCGACGAGAAGGGUCAAACAUCCCAGGCCAAGCAAUCUUCACAACCCAAGGGAAAACUCAAGGUCACCAUCAUUGGUGCCAAAGACUUGCUUGUGUCGGAGUAUUCACAGCCAUAUGUGGUCUCUACCUUCGAGAGUUCCGAGUUUGUCAACAAUGCCACACCUAACACACCUUCCUUGAGCAAAACCCCAGUAUUUCCCAAACUGGGCGGCAUGCCUAUGAGGCAACCGAAGGACAAGCGUCCUGCGCUCUACCAGAGACAGUCAUCGCAGCUCAACUUCAAUUCGGGCGAAACAGAUUCAACAUGGAACCAUGAGGCCGUGUUUGACGUUGUGGGCUCCAAGUCCGAACUUGAGAUCUCCGUGUACGACGCGGCCAAAGAUGAUGCUUUCUUGGGCCAGGUUCGUAUUUUUCCAAGCACCGAUGCUUCUACAGCCAGCAAGACGCACGAAGCUGAAUGGUUCCCAUUACGUGCAAGAGUUGUUGGAGAACGUAGCCCUGGUUCAUUCAUCCCUGGCAACCCUAACCUUCCACCCGACGAUCAGGUCAUUGAAGACCAGAUUGAUGAAGAAGAUGAAAUGGACAUUGACAAUGAUGAUCAGAUGGAAAGUGAGGAGUUUGUGAAUGGACGGUUCGACUUGUGA